AUGGACUCGACAGAAGAAGUACUCGUUUUGGAAGUUGAAGAAGUUAGUGACGCGCUGGUGGAUUUAUUGCUGAGUUUCGGGCUCUCUGAGGAAAUCAUAAAUCGUUUUCUGGAAAAUCAGUACACUCUCGAAACCCUGCAAAUCCUGGAGCGGAAGAAAAUAGAAGAGUUGAUACCGCCGCCAUUUCUUGCUGAACGGACGAAAUGCGUGCAUGGUUUGAAUGUUUGGAGAGUUGCACAGGGAUUUCCACCGUUAUCAACCGAUUGCCUUUCGACUGCAUCGCCGGUGGUAAGAAAAACUAGUUCAGAAGCCAUCACUCGCGAACGGUGCACUGCAAAUUAUUUGCUGACCGCAUCCACAAAAGGCCGGGCUAUCUUGCAGAAAUGCCAAAAGCAAAAUUUUCUGACAAGAGCUGAUAAGAAGGCUAUAACUCAUCUGGUAGUUGAUGAUUUCAAGGAUCGAUUCGGCAAACUAACUCCUGCGGAGCUACAGGACAGAGCAUCUGAGCUUGGUAGACUUUUCCCAGGAGAGCCAGAGGACGGAUGGUACCAGCCAACAUUUACCAAAAAUAGCGCUGGUCGGAAAAUCAAACUUCGAAAACAAGCUAAAGGGCGACUGUAUGACCGAAACAUCAACUACAGAGAACCGGUUGAAGCUCAACAAAGUGAUUUGCAACAACCGUCCACAUCCGGCGUGAAAUCGUUUAUUGUGGAGGAAAUAAUCUCGAAAGAACAAGAAGCAGAAUACCAACAAACAAAAGCUUGGUUCUUGAACAAUCAAGACGAGUGGGAAGAAGUCAAACAGAAGUGGAAGACAACUAGUAAAUUGAGAACGUUGGAAGUCUCGAGAAACCCCAACUGGACAUGCGCUUCGAUUUUGGCAGAGUAUCCAACUUUGAGGAAUCACCAAGGGUAUCAGUUGGUCCAGAUUGAUUUUUUGCACAAGUUCCCUGCAAAAGAGACUUUACUGUUCAAUCGUUGGCCCGAACUGGUUGAAGGUAUUCGUCCGAUAUUCAAUGUCGAAGUUACCGACGUGGAUGGGAAACAUCUCCUUGCUAUGCUCGAUGAUGAGGAUGUAAGCCAUGAUACUAAGAAUUUUAUCGUCGUUUCAUUAUUGGCACAUAUUCUGCCAAGUCCACAUCUCACUUGUUCUGGUAAACGCCGAUGGAAACCAUCAAUUCUCGAAACACGACAAAGUGUGGUGCUGCACAUCAACGAUUUAUCGGAAUUGAAUGAAACACUUCGCGUGUUGUUCGAUAGAAGUCGUGAGAAAGGAAUCCAAACUACUCCAUUCAUUUUGGUGCAUGGAGAUCUGAAGAAACCCACCGGCUUUCUAGUGUGGAAUAAUAUCGUUUCAUACAAGCUGCCAAACUUUUUGAAGGCUCUCGAUAUCUGUUUGAAAAUUUACAAAGCCUACAAUAUUGACUUUCCACGUCAUUCGUUGGCAGUGUGGGAUUUGCUUUCUACGUUCCUAUUCGAUUUUGAUCCCGUCAGCGAUAAAGCAACUAUUUCUGCCCUCUGUGCAGCUAUACGACAGACAGAAUCGUCACAAUGAUAACGUGUAUAGUUAAACGAUGCUUGUGGACAACUAACUCCAUCGAUCGAUUGUAUGACCAUUUAAGAAGACACCACCAGCAUGUCACUUCGUACUCGUGUAAUUAUGAAAGUUGUACCCGCUGCUACAAUGUCCGAGCAUCGUUUUUCAGACAUUUUAAAAAGCACUUCAACAAUGAACUCG